GCCAAUAGGAACGCUUCCUGCAUACGCGCGCAACUUGAUUCAGGAAGUACGCAUUUUCUUUUUCUGUUGUGUUUGUGAUAGCGAGAGAGUCUUCAGAAAUCAAAAAGCUCACAAGUUGCUGGUUUAAUAAGGACUAUAAUUUCACGUGAAAAUGUCCGCUGGUUCCGAGACUACACAUAUAUCAUCGCUUGGAAAGUGUGACGGCUUGCAUCAACAGGUUCUCGCCUCCUUCCCUCUGUGUGACAUUACAGAGGAGGAUCUGACCCAGAACCCUCAGUUCUGUAAACUCCUGGCCACACUGGCACAACAUGUGGACCAAGCUGGACUGACUGUCCCACUGAAAACAGAUCUGGAAAAGGCUGAGCAGAAGCUGCAGAGCCAGAGGCGUCACUGGCUGUGCUCCGAGAGCCUCCACAAAGGGCUGCAGGAGAUGAUCCAGGACCACUGUAUCAGGAAGCACCAUGCCACUGUAGCCCCUGACCAGAGCAUGUUUUAUGAGACAAUGGAGAAGUGUCUGCUGUCAGCUCAGUGUAUCAAACAGCUGGAUCCAAGUAGCUCUACCAACCAAGACCAGCCCUCUAUUCUGGGUCUGAACCCCCAACAGCUGAUGGAGCUCAUGCCAUCAGAGAAGCAGAAUGUUCAAAGAAUGAAACAGGGUCUUCCCAGAGAGCUGGAGAAACAUCUGAAGAAAAAGUGUUUUGGCCUCCUCUCUUACUAUCAACCUGAAUGGGAGAGUGAGAGUGAUGGUCUGAAGAACGCCAAGUUGGCUCACCUGUCAGCCCAGUUGGGCAAAGAAAAGAAAAGAACACAGAGUCUGAAGGAAACCUGUCGGGAAAACAUGGUUCUCCUGCAAAGACAGACUCAGCUCUACCUCUCUGAGCUGAUAAAGUGUGUUCAGCUUCUCCAGUCUCUCAUCUUGGACCACAGGCUGAGGAUCCAGACAGACUUGGACAGAAAGAAGCUCGACUACUUUGAGGGAAAAUGUGAAUUAGUCUUACAGAAGAUCAAGACUGAGAUGGUGGAGAUUCAGCUGGACACGUACACACCUGACUCAAUAUCUGCUCAUAGAAAAAUGAGAGAGAAGCUGGACUCUGAGCUGAAGGCCUGUCAGGCGGAGAAGCAGACUAUUGAGUUAAAGCUGGCCUCCUUUGAGAUCUUGGGCAAAGAGUUUGAAACCCUGGCUGAGGAGUACUGCAGGUUACGACAGGAGAUAGAAAUGAAAGACUGGGCCCUGAAGGAGUUCACUCAUUACAAAGACAAGUGAAGAUCAAAUCUGAUGGCAGCCUGUGUGGACUUUUGUCACAGGAAAGAUACAGUGAGCGGACUAACUGAAGAAUCCCAUGAGAAAACCUAACUUGUGAAUUUUUUUAAAUUAACUGCAAUAAAUCCAGCUCUCUUAAAACACUCUAU